UUUUUUUUUUUUUUACUCUCUCCUAAAAAGGAAGGCUUGGCACUUUUUUUUUUUUUCUGCGGCGUGCUUUUAAAUUUGAGCAACUAUAUAUAUAUUUCCCCUCUCUUUUUCUUUACUCUUUUUGUUUUAAUUUCAUGCCUCAAGAUAGUUAUGAACUUCCAUCCAUUUAUUCAUCCUCAGGGAAAACAUACGUGCCAGCUCAUGAACAACAUGUUCGUAGUCCUUCACAGCAGGACAUGAUACCUAUCAUACAUAAAGAUAUGCCAUACAAUCCAGUACAAAGUAUGCGUGAUUAUGAAGAAGAAGAGGAACAAGAAGAAGGUUAUCCCGUAUCCACUAAUAAUAAUACAAGUCAAGAUCAAGAUCGAUGGUUGGCUUGGUUACUAUUGGGUGCUAGUUUCUCCAUGUUGUUUUUCACUUUGGUACCUGUGGUGGCGAAUCUUCCUGAUGUGGUUCCUAGUUGGUUCUCUGGCGAUGCGCUAUGGCGGUUAUUUGAUCCUCUAUUCACUUUACCUUUAAAUCUAUUUAUCAUGACACGUGCGUCUAGUAUCAUGAAUGGCAAAGCCCGGUAUUGGGGAAAUUGGAGUGAACAAACUGUAGGUUGGUUAUUUUGGUCCUUGGGUGCAGCUCUCUUUGUUCAAGGUCAUGGAUUACAUACAGCAUCUGCCAUGUUCAAGCAUCCAGUACAAGAUUUCAAUUUGGCUCAUCCAGAUAUUGUAGAUCAAUACCCAGUUUUACAACAAAUUUAUUCUUAUAUGCGUGAUCUAUGGGAACAUAUUAUUGCUCAUUAUAUGUAUGCAUUUGGUGGUAUGGUGAUGUCCUGGGCUCAACUUUUUGCCUUUCGAAAUCAAGUUCAUGGUCCAUUAACAAUAGGUACUAAAAUUGUAUUCGCUUUGGGAUCUCUUGUAUAUGGUUUACUAUUGGCAGGAAUUGCUAUUGAAUUUCCAGAUGGUCUUUAUGUGGGUUUGGUGUAUUCGAUUGUGAUUGGUCUGAUAUGUAUUUGUUUGAUGGUAUUCAAGCCAAAUGGACUUUCAAAAGGUGGAGGUAUUUUGACCAUGGGACGACGGAUGGUACUUCAAUUUUAUCUUGGUGCUUGUGUUGUUGGUUUGAUCAUUGUCAUUAUAUGGAUUGGUAUCUAUGGUUUCCAAAAUAGAUUAGCAGCAGGCGUUGCCACCUAAAAUAGUUAUAGUCCAAUCAUUUCAUCAUGUAUAUAGGUUUAUUUAUAUAUUACAAUAAUAAUAAUAAUAAAAAAAAUCUAAACUAUCAUCCAAUCUAAUAAUCUAUCGUGUUCCUAAAACAUCCAAUUUAUAAAUAGUAAUACGUCCAUAAAAAUCAGUGCUUUCUUCAAAAAUC